GUUUCUUUCUUUAUCUCAGGCAGGCCUACAAGAGGAAGUCAAGAAUUAUAACGGUUGAUUAUAUAUAGGAGCUGUAUGUUCGUACAAAUUUAUAACUGUCAAAAACCUUGGGAAGAUUCAUAGCAAGUGAUUUUGUUCUUGUCCUUUCCUUUUUGGAGUUUUUAAAAUGACCGGCACGCUUCCCGGUGUUGAAUGUGCUCGAAGAAGACGGAUUCAUUAUACAGUUGGGGGGGCAGAUUCACCCAGUGCCUCUGGUUCUGGGUUUACAAGGCGCUCGUCUUUUUGCUUGUAUACAAGCAGCCAUGAAUCCCAGCUCAUCACCUCUUCUUCUUCUUCCAUGCAAAGAAGCAUGGUGAAUCAGGAAUAUGAGAAUGAGAACCUAGGUAAAGUGGCAAGAGAAGCCAAAGAGAGGUUAGAUGAGAGGCUAAGAGCACAGCGGAAAUCAGAAACCAAAAGGUGCCAAGAAAGAUUAAGGAUCAUGGGGGGCAGGAAUAGCCCUAGCAACCAAGAAAGAUUGAGGGGUAAGGAAAUAGAGAACAGGACUAAGACUAGCACCACCCAAGAAAAAUUGAAGGGUAUAGAUGGCAGAUCUAUGGUGCUUAGGGAUUUGCAGACAGAGGUGUUUGGGUUGAAGAAAAGUGGGUUAAAGAGGUUAAGUUGGGCAAAGUUAGGAGGGAAAGGCUUGGAGCCAGAGGAGUGUGCCGUGUGCUUGGACCAGUUCAAGGUGGGUGAGACCCUGGUGCACCUGCCUUGCGCUCAUAGGUUCCAUUCAAGGUGUUUGGAGCCAUGGCUGGAGAAUAAUGCGCAUUGCCCUUGUUGCAGAAUGGAGCUUUUGAGUUAAAAGUUUUGUAACUUUUUUUGGUUUUUCUUCAGUCUGUAGGUGUGAAAGGAAAAUAUCAAAUUGAUUUAAAAAUUUAAUUUGAUGAAUCACUAUCAUUGAAUAAGUAGUGUGUCUCAAUUAAUACUGAGACUCAUAAGUUAAAUCAAUAACAAAUAUAACAGUUAUAUCAUCAAGUCAAAUUUUUAAAUUAAUUUUUUAAGCCUGUAUAAAUUGUAAAGAGAGAUGAAUAAUAGAACGAGCAAAUAUUUUGG